AUGGACCGGAACCUGAGGGAGAGGAGACAGAAUGCCAUGGACUUCUACCGUCAGAACAACAGAGUCCUUGAGCAGCUGGAGCGGGCGCUGAACGAGAUGUGUGUCCGCAGACCGAACGACCUCUUCGGAUACCUGGCUGAGUUCUUCAUCCCUCUGUCAGCGACUCCUCUCAUCAGCAGAGUGGAGGGGGUGGAGGUCCUGGACUCCAGAGGAGGUCCUUCAAUCCAGGCUCAAGUCUACUGCACUCUCAGGAACCAGGAGAAGUUCUUCUCCUCUGGCUCGGUCUCAUCUCACUUUGGAUCCUCAGCCUCUAGUGAGGAGCGACAGGAGCAGGUGAGAAAAGCACUCCAGUGGAUCCAGGAAGUGAACCAGCAACUCCACGGCCUCAGUCCAGAGGAGCAGAGCAAAGUGGACCAGAUACUGAGUGAUCUGUACUGGAGUCGUCUGCAGGAGCUCACAGACCACAGCAGCAGGACCCCAACAGAGACUCCUCCUGUGGUCAUCAGAGGUAAGAAGCGCGCAGCAGUGAAGAUCCAGCCCCCCCCAGAGCCCCCUGAGCUGCUUUUGAGCGGAGGCCUCGCUGUGGGGGCCCUGUCCCUGAGUGUGGCCCGAGCCGGAGCCCAGAGCCGAGGACUGCCCCUGUACAAGUACAUCACAGAACUGAAGACCAGGAGCCAGCGCCCUCCUGAGGGCCUUGUCUCCCCCUUGUCUCCUCCUCCUGAGGGCCUCGUCUCCCCCUCGUCUCGUCCUCCUGAGGGCCUCGUCUCCCCCUCGUCUCCCCCUCCUGAGGGCCUCCACUCCCCCACUCUUCUGGUUCCUUUGUUCAGCUGUGGAAGAUCAUCUCCAGGAAAACUUCACCUGUUUGAAGAGGUCCUUUUGAUCCCAAAACCAGGACUGAGAACCAGACAGGUGGUGCUCGUGGCUCAGCAGCUGCAGCAGGAGGUCUUCAGGAUCCACGCAGCUCAGACUAAAGCUACGGCUGGGGCAGUGUCCCUCAGUGACAGUGGCGCCCCCCACCUGCCGGCUGACAGACUGGAGCAGCCUCUGGAGCUGCUGACAGAGGCCUGCGCUCAACUGCAGCUGGGACCAGAGCUCAGACUGGGACUGAGCUGUGCUGGUCCUCAUCUGUAUGACCAGUCCAAAGGUAAAUACGAGGUGAUGUGUGCGGUGCUGAAGUCUCCUGAUGAGACGGUGGAUCUGCUGCAGUCUCUGCUUCUCAAGUUUCCAUCUGUGGUUUUACUGAUCGACCCACUGAGGAGAGAGGAUGUGGACCAAUGGCAGCGUCUCUCUGCUUCCUGUUCUCUUCUGAGUGACAUCACCUUCAGAGAACAAGCCCCGCCCCCUCCAGGGGUCACAGGUCACAUCCUCAAACAUGUCAAUCAUGUGACCAUCACAGACCUGAUCCAGGCCAGCAUCCAUCGUCAUGGCUCCAUGUUGCUGGGACCGUCCUACAGCGAGCCGUCCUGUGACUCCGCCCUCCCAGACCUGGCUGUGGGUCUCGGUUUGGACUUCCUCAAACUGGGAGGACUGAGUGGAGAGGAGAGGACGAGUCGAUACAACAGACUGAUGAGAAUAGAAGAAGAACUGGAGCAGGAGGGACGACUGUGUUUGAAAGAAAAACGGCUGCCGCCGAUCUUCAUCCAGAGACCAGUUUGUGUGACACAGAACUCUGGAAUGUCGCCGCAGCCGCCGCCCACAUGCGACGCUUGCAACAUAGUAACAACACGGCGACGACAGGAGCCAAUGGGAUUCACUCCGGUUUGUUAA